AUGGCCGAAAUACAAGCAAAGUUGCAGUCGCUGUCCGACGACUACAAAAAGCUACAGUCGGAGCUGGACACGGCAGUCCAGGCGAGACAAAAGCUUGAGGCUCAGCUGCAAGAGAACCUUGGCGUGCAAAAGGAAUUCGAAAAGAUGAAGGAUGGCGAGACUAUUUACAAGCUUACUGGUCCGAUCCUCCUGAAGCAGGACAAGGUCGAGGCUGACAGCACUGUCAAGGGGCGGAUCGAGUUCAUCAAGAAUGAAGUUGAGCGGCUAGAGAAGCAGAUAAGCGAUGGCCAGGACAAAAUGGAAAAGAAAAAAGGAGAGAUCAUUCAGGUCCAGACCAGCGCCCAACAGCAGCAACAGGCUGUUCAGGCAUAA